CGGCGGUUCGGGAGGCGGCGACAGCGGCAGCGGCAGGCGCCGCCGGGACGGGCACGGGCGCGCGGGCUCGGGCGGGCGCCGGCUGCCUCCCUCCCUCCCUCCCUCCGUCGCUCGCUCGCUCUCCCGCCUGCUUGCUUGCCGGCCGGGGGCCGGGCUCACCCCACCACUCUUGGGAAGGAAGAAAGGGGCGGGGGGACCGAGGAAGCCGACAAGUUCCCGCAGCAGCGGCGGAUCCCGGCCAAGGCGGAGCCUGCGGCUCCGACGGGACAGGAGCGCGCUCCGCGGCGGAGCGCACUGCCAGAGCGUCCGAGGAGGGGGGCGUCUGGGCCUUUCGCUCUCCUUGGGGCCGGGGCCGGGAUCCCAUGAGACGCGCCCGCGAGGGGCGAGAGAUCCGAAGCCCAGGAGGCGCGCGGCGGAGGCGGAGGGCGGUGCUGCAGCUGCCGGAGCCCGGGAGCGGCCGGCAGGAGGCGGCGGAGAGAACUUGAACUUGGCGUCGGGAGCAGGCGCCCCGGACGCCCCUCGCCGGGGCCGGGGCGCCGUGGGACCUGGGAGGCAGCGCUGCCCCCCGAAUGGCCGCGGCGGCGGACCGGGCUCCCGCGCCGCGGCCCUAGGCGGCCUCUCGCCAUGGCCAAGUGGCUGAACAAGUACUUCAGCUUGGGCAACAGCAAGACCAAGAGCCCCCCACAGCCGCCGCGGCCAGACUACCGCGAGCAGCGGCGCCGGGGCGAACGGCCCUCGCAGCCCCCCCAGGCCGUGCCGCAGGCCCCCGCGGCCGCCUCGGCGUCCUGCGGUACGGCCGCCGCCUCCUGCUUCUCGGCCUCGUCCGGGUCUCUGCCCGACGACAGCGGCAGCACGAGCGAUCUCAUCCGUGCCUACCGCGCACAGAAGGAGCGCGACUUUGAGGACCCCUACAACGGGCCCGGCUCGUCGCUGCGCAAACUGCGAGCCAUGUGCCGCCUGGACUACUGCGGCGGCGGGGAGCCGGGCGGGGGCCAGCGCGCCUUCUCGGCCUCGUCCGCGUCGGGCGCCUCGGGCUGCUGCUGUGCCUCCUCCGGCGCGGGCGCCGCCGCGUCCUCGUCCUCGUCCUCUGGCUCCCCGCACCUCUACCGCAGCAGCAGCGAACGGCGGCCCGCCACGCCGGCCGAGGUGCGCUACAUCUCCCCCAAGCACCGGCUCAUUAAGGUGGAGAGCGCCGCGGGCGGUGCCGGAGACCCCCCGGGGGGUGCCUGCUCCGGCGGCCGCACUUGGAGCCCGACGGCCUGCGGAGGCAAGAAACUGCUCAACAAGUGUGGCGCCUCGGCGACGGAGGAGAGCAGUGCCGGCAAGAAGGACAAGGUGACCAUCGCAGAUGACUACUCAGAUCCCUUUGAUGCCAAGAAUGAUCUCAAAAACAAAGCAGGAAAGGGGGAGAGCGCUGGCUACAUGGAGCCCUACGAGGCCCAGAGGAUCAUGACAGAGUUUCAGAGGCAGGAAAGCGUCCGGUCCCAGCACAAGGGCAUCCAGUUAUACGAUACCCCUUAUGAACCCGAGGGCCAGAGCGUGGACUCAGACUCCGAGAGCACGGUCAGCCCCCGCCUGCGGGAGAGCAAGCUGCCCCAGGACGACGACAGGCCCGCCGAUGAGUACGACCAGCCGUGGGAGUGGAACCGGGUCACCAUCCCAGCUCUGGCAGCCCAGUUUAAUGGCAACGAGAAACGGCAGUCAUCCCCCUCACCUUCCCGAGACCGGCGGCGCCAGCUUCGAGCUCCUGGCGGGGGCUUCAAGCCCAUCAAACAUGGGAGCCCCGAGUUCUGUGGGAUCCUGGGAGAGAGAGUGGAUCCUUCUGUCCCCCUGGAGAAGCAAAUAUGGUAUCAUGGAGCCAUCAGCAGAGGAGACGCCGAGAACCUGCUGCGACUCUGCAAGGAGUGUAGCUACCUUGUCCGGAACAGCCAGACCAGCAGGCACGACUACUCCCUCUCCCUGAAGAGCAACCAGGGCUUCAUGCACAUGAAACUGGCCAAAACCAAAGAGAAAUACGUCCUGGGUCAGAACAGCCCCCCGUUCGACAGUGUCCCCGAAGUCAUCCACUACUACACCACCAGAAAGCUGCCCAUCAAAGGGGCCGAGCACUUGUCUCUCCUCUACCCUGUGGCUGUGCGGACCCUGUGAGCCCCGCCCUGCCCUGUCACAGAGCCCCGACGUGGAGGAGCUGGUGGCCAGCCGUGUCCAGUUUGUGUCGUGUGUAUGGUACUAGCACACCACUGCAUGUCUCUAGAAUGCUGUCUCCACUCUGGGGGCUGGAGAAGGCCUGGAUAAAGACUGAAGGAUGCCGGCCGGCGGCGUGCGCCACCCCAGCCCCCACCCCCCACCCCUCCUCGAGUUUCUGUGAAUUAAAAUAUUUGCAAAUCCAAAGAGAUGCCUUCCAGGAUGAACAAAGGAGAGCAGCUCCGAGGGGCGGGGCGGGAGCUCCCGGGUUGCAGCUCUUUGUUCUCCCGCAGUCAGGAAUUCACACCUGUGUGCAGGGAGCAGUUUUCCCACCGGAGCCCCCACUGGUGCCAGAGCCAAAUGCUGGUGCUUUGGGAGCCCAGAAGGCCCCAGGCGUCCCACCUCCCCUCUGGUGUGUGUGUCAGUGUGAGUGUGAGUGUGAGCACAUACGUGGGAGAACACGGCCACACACGAACACGCUUUUAGUCACUCAGUGUAAUCAUUAGGAGAUUGCCAAGGAAUCAUUGUGCCGUCAAAAAAAGGAUUCAAUUAUUUAUGAAUAGGAUGUGUAAAUAAAAUAGUCGUUUAAUAUA